AUGAAGAAAAGUAGCAUCUUUAACAAGAAGUAUUUAAGCAAGAAUUCUAAAGCUUUGAAUCCGAAUUUAUUAUGAGAUCUCUGAGAAUGAGUUCUCUUUGAAGGAAUCAAGUGUCUUAGUUGUGCAAAGAAUGCUAAAGACAAAUCUAGCUCAGCUAGUUUUUGUGGUGAAUGAUUCAAUAAAUUUCAACAAGAAGUUGGGUGAUGACCAAAGAUGUGUCAAUCACCAAAAACAAAGAAACUACCAGCCCAAGUUAUCAAUAAAUUAGAGGAGCUGGAGUUCAAAUGCUCGAAUAAGUCUAACGGUUGAAAUCAUAUAGCUUCGUAUUCUGGUGUAAUUGGUCACUAUCAAGAAUGUGAGUUCCUUUUGGUUUCUUGUUCUGCUCAUCCACUUUGAGAUAAGAAGUAUUUGAGGAAAGAUAUUUCCUCUCAUGAAAAACAUUGCAAAUAUGUCAAAGUGGAUUGAUCAUUUUGAGGACAGAAAGAUCUUUUUAGAUGUCAGUUGGAAAAGCAUUGGGAGCAAAAAUGCUUAAAUGCCAAAAAGUGCGAAAAAUGAAAUCAAUUUUUCUCUUGUUCCACACCAAAGGAACCUAAGCAUAAUUGUAUCGAAUCUCUUAGUCAUAAAAUUUCUUCAGUUGAGGAUUUCUAUGAAUCAAAAGAGGUCGAAAGCAGAGAAGAGCUCAGAAAGAGAGAUCUCAAGAUCAACUCUCUAAUGAGCAAACAACGAGAUAUUUGGAAAUAUUUAGUGAAAAUUGAGCGUUCUUUGAAGAAUAACUGUGUUCCUAAUAUGCCAGUAUCGAUUUUGCAUCCUCACUCUGUCAAUGAAGAAGAAAGCGACAAAUGAGACGAUAUAGAAGACUACUUUUCAUAUUGAGCAAAAGAAAUGGAUGAAAAAGCUCAUCCUCUUUCUGACACUCACACAGAGAAUGAUACCAACAGAAGCACUCUGAGAUCAGAGGAUGUCCCAAAAGGAUUUGGGCAUAGGAAAAGAGCAGAUUCUUACUUCGUUUCAAGGAUCAAUGACCACCGAAUGAUCGAUGAAGAGUCUAAAAGUUGAGAGUCAACCUCAACAGCAGAACUUAAAGAAGUAGAUGAAGAAGAGAAACCAAUAGUGGAAGAACCUAUUGCCUUCAAAGGGAACUGUAUCGUUACAGAACAACUAAUGAAAGAGAAGCUUGAAUGCUUUAAAGACGCCAUCAGAAAAGAAGAAAACUGGAAGAAGCAAUCAACAAAGAAUGGAAUAGAACUGAAGGUUUACUCUGGUGAAGGAAAUCAUUCAGGAGUGUAUGGUAAAAUGAUCAUGCCUUAUAACAAUCAGUUUAUCAUGGAAAUACUUGGAGAUCAAGAGAAAGUCUUUGAAUCUAACGAAUUUGGAGAAGACUUGAAAAUUCUUGAAGAAUUUGAAAGCCAGUGAGUUAUAACAUAUUUGAGAGUUAAAGGAGCUCUGAUGGUCUCAGGAAGAGAUUUUAUAAUUGCUAAUAUUCAGACAACGAUGGAAGACCCAGAGAACAAGAAUCAAAGAGUUCCAAUUCUUGUUAGUUUUUCAGUAGAGCACCCUAAAGCUCCUAAAAAUCCGAAAGGCAUUGUGAGAGGAGAAAUAGUCAUUGCUGGGUGGAUCUUAAGAAAGAUCGAUGAGAGCCAAACUGAAGUCAUUAGUUUUGCUAUAAACGAUCUGAAAGGGAGUAUCCCUAAAUUUAUCGCUAACGUGGGCUCUUCUUCUCAUUCAUCAAUUAUGAUGAACUUCAUGAAGCAGUGAGAAAAAUGCAAUAAAGAAAGUUUGAAGUCAUUAGCUGAAAAUGACCCAACUAUUAUCAACGUGUCCUCAUUUGAUGAAUAAUUCCUAACUUAGAGAAAAACGAAGAGGGUUCGUGAAAGAGAAGCAAAGUUAUAACUAAAGAACUAGUCCCCUUCCAUUCAACAUUAUUGCUAAAAUUAUUAAUUAGGCUA